AUGACGGAGAUGUUCUUUGCGGCGAGUGCCUUUGACCAGCCCAUUGGGAGAUGGAACACUUCAUCCGUAACCAGCACUGCGUUGAUGUUCUGCAAGGCCUCAUCAUUUAACCAGUCCAUCGAGACUUGGGACACCUCUCGGGUCGUCGACUUUCAAUUCAUGUUCCAACGGGCAAACAGCUUCAAUCAACCGAUCGGAAGUUGGAACACCUCCUCCGUCAGGAACAUGCGGAACAUGUUCGGGUGGGCCGAAAGCUUUAAUCAGCCGAUUGGGAGUUGGGACACGUCGAAUGUCGCGGACAUGACAGAGAUGUUCUUCGCGGCGAGUGCCUUUGACCAGCCCAUUGGGAGAUGGAACACUUCAUCCGUAACCAGCACUGCGUUGACGUUCUGCAAGGCCUCAUCAUUUAACCAGUCCAUCGAGACUUGGGACACCUCCUCCGUCAGCAACAUGCGGGCCAUGUUCGAGUGGGCCGUGAGCUUUAAUCAGCCGAUUGGGAGUUGGGACACGUCGAAUGUCGCGGACAUGACAGAGAUGUUCUUCGCGGCGAGUGCCUUUGACCAGCCCAUUGGGAGUUGGAACACUUCAUCCGUAACCAGCACUGCGUUGAUGUUCUGCAAGGCCUCAUCAUUUAACCAGUCCCUCGAGACUUGGGACACCUCCUCCGUCAGCAACAUGCGGGCCAUGUUCGAGUGGGCCGUGAGCUUUAAUCAGCCGAUUGGGAGUUGGGACACGUCGAAUGUCGCCGACAUGACGGAGAUGUUCUUUGCGGCGAGUGCCUUUGACCAGCCCAUUGGGAGAUGGAACACUUCAUCCGUAACCAACACUGCGUUGAUGUUCUGCAAGGCCUCAUCAUUUAACCAGUCCAUCGAGACUUGGGACACCUCUCGGGUCGUCGACUUUCAAUUCAUGUUCCAACGGGCAAGCAGCUUCAAUCAACCGAUCGGAAGUUGGAACACCUCCUCCGUCAGGAACAUGCGGAACAUGUUCGGGUGGGCCGGAAGCUUUAAUCAGCCGAUUGGGAGUUGGGACACGUCGAAUGUCGCGGACAUGACGGAGAUGUUCUUCGCGGCGAGUGCCUUUGACCAGCCCAUUGGGAGAUGGAACACCUCCUCGGUCUGGAGCAUGCAGAACAUGUUUGUCAAUGCCUCGGCCUUUAACCAGUCGCUUGGGGCCUGGGACACUUCGUCCGUGACGACGAUGUCGUACAUGUUUCGAUUGGCCACCAGCUUUGACCAGCCUUUGGAGCAGUGGAACACAUCCGCUGUGGUGAGCAUGCAAGGCAUGUUCCGCCAGACCAUUGAGUUCAACCGCCCGCUGGGAAAAUGGAAGACGUCACGAGUCCGAAAUAUGGCUGAAAUGUUCUACGACGCGUGGAGCUUCAACGAGGAUAUCAGCAAUUGGGACACGUCCGAGGUCGAGACGAUGAGGGGUAUGUUCUACAAGGCCGGGCGAUUCAACCGAUCGAUCGAUUCUUGGAACACCUCGUCUGUCGUUGACAUCAGCCGGCUGUUUUGGGGUGCUACCUUUUACAACCAGCCGCUUGACAAAUGGGACACCUCCCGGGUGACGAACAUGCGAGGCGUGUUCCAAUAUGCCUACAGCUUCAAUCGGCCAAUUGGAAGCUGGAAGACAUCCGCGGUCAGAAGCAUGGCUUACAUGUUUAUGAAGGCAGUGUCAUUCAAUCAGCCCAUUGACACGUGGGACACGUCUUCUGUCAUAAAUAUGAAGGCAAUGUUCUACAUGGCAGAGGACUUCAUCCAGCCUUUAGCUUCAUGGAACACCUCCUCUGUCGUGGACAUGGGUUACAUGUUCGUCGAGGAUCCCAAGUUCGAUCAGCCCAUUGGGACUUGGGACACUUCCAGAGUGAGAUACAUGCAUUACAUGUUCUACGGGGCCACUUCCUUCAAUCAGCCUCUCGGUGCCUGGGACACCUCAUCACUGCAGGACAUGAGCACAAUGUUUUAUGGAGCACAAGCCUUCAACCAGCCGCUGUCGACCUGGAAUCUCACCAGCCUGCAAGGAGACGACGCGGUGAAGGACGCCUUCAUGGAUUCUGGCUUGACGCGAUGCACCCUGCAAUCUUUUGCGAAUGCCCCUGGCUUGUCCAGCAGCAUCCGCAAACUCUAUGACGCUGAUGAAAUGCGGUUCAGGGCAUGCGGAACAUGUGACGUGCUUGGAGCCUGCAAGGACACCAGCCUGGCUUGUGUGAGCCAGUUUUGGUGCCGCCCUGUCAACUCUGGCUUCAUUGAAAUGCGGGAACAGAUUGGCGAAGGUCGCGCAUGGGAUUUGAAGAAUUCCUUCCGUAGCAAGUCGGCCGGUUUCCGCCAGUGCGCGGCAGAAUGCGAAGGGCUGCUGAACUGCACCAGCUUCUUGCUGGACAGUGAGCGGCACUGCUUCUUGCGCUUCCGCGAAACGCUGCCGGAUGAGCUUCAGGCUGUUGGGGUCCCAGAGAGUCACAAGCCCGUGGCAUUCCUCAAGUCCAGCUGCAAAUAUUUCUCGUGCCCUUCAUGGGCAACCCUGCUCCCGUCCAGCAGCUGGCAAAUCGGAGGCGAUGUCACAGCGGCCUCGUGCUGCAGCUGUGGGCCCGCCCGUAUUCAGGACAUGAGCCAGGCGCCGGAGUUGGGAUGUCAAGUUUGUGAGGGAGGCACUGUUCCAGCCAGCAAUGGCCAGGAGUGCGAGGCGUGUUUCCCAGGCUUCUUCGCCCUGCCAGGAUCAGCCAAGUGCGAAGCCUGUGGUCCUGGAAGCACCCCCAACCAGAACCAAAGCGCGUGUGACGAAUGUCCGAGCGGCAGAUAUGCACUGGGUGGUGAGGAGGUUUGUCAGGCCUGUCGUUUCCCCUUUAUUCUCUCCAACAACACUGCUUGCAUAUGGUGGCACUUGCCCAUCAUAGUUGCCUUGUUGCUCGCAUUAUCCUGCUCGAUCGUCUUUUCGAUGAAGGCUGUAAGGAAGUGGCAGCAGCGCAAGAUCACGGUGCGGGAGGAAGAGAUCGACGCCCUGUUGCGACAGCUGGAAGAGGAGCUGUGGCACGAGAAGGUGGACACUGUGCACAGAUUCGCAACCGCGUUGGGUGCCUUCGGCUGGGAGCACGCUGCGGUCGUGGACAAGGCGGCCGCCAUCCGUGCACAUCAAAGCGCUCACGCUGGAGUUGCCAUGCAGUAUUUGCUUGGCGACUUCACGAUGCUGGCCCAAGAGUGGGCAACAGAGGAGAAUCCGACCUUUGUUCGAUUGAAGGAUGCCUUCUGGCUGUGUUCAGAACCAAUUGGGAAGGACAAGCCUUGUCCAAGGGAUGGGAGGCUUGGUUGCGCCUUGGUGGACUGGAUUGCCCCCGCCCACCGGCACACACAAACCCACUUCAUGUCCUGGACGUGGAGAUAUUCGAUUCAAGAACUGCAGAGUGCACUGGAUGUUUGGCGGCAGAACACUGCAAAACUUGAUCCAAAGAGUGUCUUCUUCUACAUGUGCUUCUUUGUCAACAAUCAACAUAGGAUAAUCUUGGAGCAGUCCAUGACAGGCAGCGACGAACUGGAACAGGUCUUUCGCAGCAACUUGACCCGCAUUGGGCAGAUGGUUGCUGUGCUAGACACCUGGAAGGAGCCAGUGUACCUCAAGCGGGUUUGGACAAUUUAUGAGCAGUACAUUGCUUGCUCUCUUCAAGUUCCUGUGACUUUCGUCAUGCCCGCGACUGCAUCUGCAUCCCUCACAGAGCAGAUUUCACAUGGUGCAGUUGGUAUCCGUGAAGUCACUCAGUCCCUCUGCGAUGUGGAUUCCGCCAAUGCGGAGGCCUGGGACAAGCGAGAUGAAGUGGCCGUGAAGACCGCCAUUCGGCAGAGUGUGGGAUUCAGCCGGGUCAACCAACACGUCAGAAAUGCCAUGGUGCAUUGGGUUGGCGCCACAGUGCGGGAGGAGUUCCAGCAGCUCGUUGACAAAGAAGCCGAUGAAGCUGCUACGUUUUCAAUGUAA